AUGCUGAUUAAUCAUCUCUGCCACUUGAUUCUGCUCGGCGUUUUCGCGCGUCGCUCCGGAGGAUCGACAACAUCGAUAACGUUUACGAACGACUCGCUCGUAAGAGCCGGGAGGGACGUUGGAAUUAAAUACCUGGUGUUCCCGCAAGGCAGUAACGUUCAACUUGUUUACUGCCUAACCACGAGCACAUAUUCGAAGCCCCAGGGAAUGUUUACCAUUGGUGUUACCGCCGGGUUGGCGUGGGAACUACCCUACAGAAAUAGCGUACUGUACGGGAAGCCGGCCGAGGUUUAUCAUCGUCGAAGCAGAAGAGAGCUGUACCGUAAAGUGGAGCUAAUGCUAAGAACUCAGGGAAAGGACGGCAGGGCCUGCGUCCUCAAGGCAAUCUGCAAGGCUGCCGGGCGUAGGCGCGAGGACGUCGGGAAGGGUAGCUUCCUCGAGGAGACCCUGCACGCUGUAUUCACCCUGCCCGGGGGAUGGUACGACAUCGAUCCGAUGACCGAGUACGAGCGAACGUACCACUUGGGUGAGAAUUGCGACGGGAUGCACGCCAAGUGUCCAGGUGUCUUCUGA